AGGCAGCGCGCGUCCGUCCGUCCAGUGGAGCUUUAAUCGUUCACUUUCACUCGUACACUCGCACUCAUCCCGAGCAGGACACCGUACGCUCGCUACUGCCUACCCCGAAAAUGGCACCUCCUAUCCCGGGUACUUCGGGAGCAUUCGCCUGCACGACGCGUCGGUGACGUUGGAACCCAAGGUCCAAACGACUGUGCUUCAUCAGCAGCAUGAAGCCGCCAACCUUGUCGCCGUGUCGUGACCCCCGAUCCUGGCGUUGAUGACCUCUUGUGAUGCCCUCUGUUUUCCCUCUCCUCCCUCCUGUGCGUCUCGGACCCCCCGAGCCGCUCUCAUUACUCCCGAGAGCCGUAGCUGGCAGCGUAUGAAGGAUCGGGCAACAUCGGACAUAGCAAAGAAGAAUUAAGAACGUUCACCAUGCCAAGGACAAACGUCACCAAAGUACCAUGAGCUAACAAGAGCCAGCAACUUUUUUUAAUUAUUUUUUUUGGGGGAGGAAAUAUCAAUCUUUUCAAACCGCGGUAGGCCAUGCCGGCCAAAGGGAAGUAUUUGUUAAAUGACCAGGAGCUAAAGAACGAGGCCCUGUACCGCAAGUUCUCGUGCAUCAGCCAGUACCAGCCGCUGGUGCUCCUGCUGGGCCUUUCCAUGCUCUCCUGCGGGCUCCUCCUGGUCCUCUUCUUCUCCCUCGGAAUGAGCGCCCGGGAGCACUGGGCUUUUGUGAGCGUGGUGAGCAGCGCCUUGGGCAUCUUCUUAGCCGUCUUUGUGCUGGUGUGCACCGAAAUGCUAUCCCAACGUUGGCGCCGUCCGCUGGGCCUGCUGGUGUGGGCCACGCACCUCGCCAUGGGCUUUACCUUCAUCUUCAGCGGGCCUGUCGUCCUACCGUGGGACCAGGUGCCGUUCUUCCUGUUCAUCAUCUUCACCGUAUACACCAUGCUGCCGUUCCCGUGGUGGUACGCGGUGGCGCUGGGCGUGGUCUCCUCGCUCUCCCACAUCUUGGCACUCACCCUUCGCCUCACCGUGUACAGCGACGUUCCCACGCCUUACCUCGCCAACCAGCUGCUGUCCAAUGCGGUGGUGUUCCUUUGUGGUAGCGUGGUGGGAGCCUUCCACAAGGUUCUCAUGGAGAAAACCCUCAGGCAGACUUUUCAGGAUACGUUACGAUGCCUGAGCAUGCGCAUGAAGCUGGAGAUCGAGAAGCGACAACAGGAGAACCUACUGCAGUCUGUGCUGCCGGUCUACAUCUCCAUGAAGAUGAAGCUGGCCAUCAUGGAGCGCUUGCAGGACUGCAAAGAUAAGGAGGAGCAACAGCGGCUGGUGAAAGACAACAACUUCCACAGCCUCUACGUCAAACGUCACGAAAACGUCAGUAUUCUCUACGCCGACAUUGUGGGCUUCACUCGAUUGGCCAGCGAUUGUUCCCCCAAGGAACUCGUCGUCAUGCUCAACGAACUGUUUGGAAAGUUUGACCAAAUCGCCAAGGAAAACGAGUGCAUGAGAAUCAAGAUUCUGGGAGACUGCUAUUAUUGUGUAUCAGGCCUACCGGUGUCUCUGCCCAAACACGCCAAGAACUGUGUGAAAAUGGGCCUGGACAUGUGUGAAGCCAUUAAGCAGGUACGAGAAGCCACCGGCGUGGACAUCAACAUGCGAGUGGGCGUGCACUCGGGCAACGUGCUGUGCGGCGUGAUCGGCCUGCGCAAGUGGCAGUUUGACGUGUGGUCACAUGACGUGACGCUAGCCAAUCACAUGGAGUCGGGAGGCCUUCCCGGACGUGUUCACAUCACCGAGGCGACUCUGAAGCACUUGAACAAGGCGUACGAAGUGGAGGAAGGCGACGGGCAGCUUCGAGAUCAAUACCUCAAGGAGCUCAACGUCAGAACCUACCUUGUUAUUGACCCUCGGUCCAAAGAUCCAACGCAGAGCGGACGCAGCGUCCCCAAACCUCGCGUCAACGACGGUCUGAAGAUGCGGGCGUCCGUGCGCAUGACCCGCUACCUGGAGUCCUGGGGGGCAGUUAAACCGUUCGCCCACCUGCAGAGCCGAGAGGGAUUCGCCGCCGACCCCCUCGGCAACGGAAAGACGCUCGGCAAAGACAUCCCACUGCGAACAGCAGCCAGCUCUAAGAUACCUGACAGCUUUGAUGAAUCACUCGAAGAGCGCUUCUCCUUGUCCACGCCCUCGUUCAGCAGCCAUAAGAACAAGUCGCAGAAGAGUCGCUUUGACGAGGAGCUCCACAACGAAAUGACCACCACCAUAGAUGAACUGGGCAGCAAACAGUGGUACAAGUCUGAGGAGAGCGGCAGUUUAGCCAUAUGGUUUCCAAAGAAAGACCUUGAAAAACAGUACCGGGCCUUGGAUCUGCCCAUGUUCAAGCACUACGUGGGCUGCGCCGCCGUCAUCUUCCUCUGCAUCUUUUCCAUCCAGAUGUUCGUCACCAGGGAUCGACAGAUUCUCGGAGUGACGUUCGCGGCGUUGGCGUGCGUCCUGCUGCUGACUUUGGCCAUCUGUUUUGCAGCGCACAUAAAGCGCAUGUUUCCAGAGAAGCUGUCAGGCUGCCAGUGGUUGGCGUCCAUCUCCGAGGCGGUGGUGAAGAAACCGUGCGUGCGCCUCCCCCUGGCCGCCGUCACCACCGUCGUCAUCGUUCUCUUGGCAAUCUUCAACCUGUGUUUCGUCCAGGCACAUUUUCCAGAAUGUUCCACUGGUGAUGUUCCCACCCUGAGUCACACAAAUUCUUCCCAGCGACUGGGAUCCGAGGGAGGCCUCUUCUAUCUGCCUUAUUCCGUGUACUGCUGCAUCCUGUCCCUGAUGGCUUGCGGCGUGUUCCUGCGGGUCAGCUUGGAGCUUAAAGUCCUCUUCCUCGCCCUGUCGUCCAGCGCCUACUACAUCAUCAUCCUCAGCACCAACAAGCGGCUCUUUGUGGCCUACGCCAACGUCCUCCACGCUCAGAUUACAGGAGAGGGCAACUGCAGCAGCCUAUCAGACGAGUCGAUGGUGAGGCUGGUGGGCCUGGUGAAGCACCCCCAGGUGAUGAGCUGCAUCUACAUCACCUUGUUCCUGGUCACCAUGCUCAUCAUCUCUCAGCAGAACGAGUCGUGCUUCCGCCAGGACUUCCUGCUCAAGUACAAGAACCACACGGAGCAGGACGAGAUCGAGACCCGGGAGAACUUGAAUCGCCUACUGCUUGAAAAUGUGCUGCCCGCUCACGUGGCCUCGCUCUUUGUCGGCGAGAACAAGAAAAAUGAGGAUCUCUACUACAAGUCGUACGACUGCGUGUGCGUGAUGUUCGCCUCGGUGCCCGACUUCAAGGAGUUCUACACCGAGUGCGACAUCAACAAGGAGGGCCUGGAGUGCCUGAGACUCCUCAACGAGAUCAUCGCCGACUUUGACGAGCUGCUCUCCAAGCCAAAGUUCAGCGGCGUGGAGAAGAUCAAGACCAUCGGCAGCACCUACAUGGCAGCGGCGGGCCUCAGCGGGACGCUCGGUCAGGAGAACAACCAGGACAGGGAACGUCAGCAAGCGCAGAUCGGCAUCAUGGUGGAAUUUGCCAUGGCGCUCGUCGGCAAAUUGGAGGGCAUCAACCGACAUUCCUUCAACAGCUUCAGGCUGCGCGUGGGUAUUAACCACGGUCCCGUGAUCGCCGGCGUGAUCGGCGCUAGGAAGCCUCAGUACGACAUCUGGGGCAACACCGUCAACGUGGCCAGCAGGAUGGAAAGCACCGGCGAGCUAGGAAAGAUACAAGUGACAGAGGAGACAUCGGACGUUCUUCACAGGCUGGGCUACUCGUGCGAGUGCCGGGGCUUCAUCAGCGUGAAAGGCAAAGGAGAGCUCAAGACCUUCUUUGUAUGCACGGACACCAGCAAGCAGCAAGGCAUGGGCCUCAGCUGAGGUCAGGAGGUCACGCUUGAAAAACUUGACGCUCGCUUAUCCACACCAGGCAAGUGUUUACGCCCCCCCCCCCCAGGACAAAAAGUGACUGUAAUGCAGCUGUGCUCCUGCGGUGGUGCCACAACUACAGGAACUGAGCUGGAUUUGAGCUCAAGGCGGAUUUUGUUCCAUCCAAACUGGAAACGGACAAAACAUCUGAAAAACAUUACCUUCAUGAUGUUGCGGUGAUUUUGGGCUGUCAUGUCACGCACCCCUGAAACAUCAGCAUACAUGCACUUGUUUAACUGAUUACGAUAGGGAAGAACACCUGUAACUUUUGUUCUUUAAUGACCAUUAAAAAAAAUGCUUAUUGUACUAAAACGUUUUUUUUUUUUGGUAGGCAUUUUGUGUCCGAUAAAACAACAGAUUCUGUUUGUGGAUCAUUUUGUCGGCUUUGUUACUGUGUAAUGAGAAAGACGCACGCGUGUUGUGGUUAGGCGGGUCAUAUUUUGCAUAUUUUUAAUAGGACGAUGUAAAUAGCUGUGUCAUUGACAAGCAUGUCAUCAUGUCGGAGUGACGUCAUCAUGCCUGCUACUUGCUUGCUUGUGAGGCAUGUUGCUUCUCGAGCAGGACUGAUCGGAGCAUUCAUCUCGUGGCCUUACUACACCACCAUUUUGUCUGUAAGUGUUUGAAUAUGAUUAACGCUGUCGUAGAAUUGGCCUUUUUUUCGGCGUGUGAACAAAAUGCUCGAAAUAAAUUAUUUACAGUGUGUAUUAAUUAAAAACAGUUUAUUGAAUGUCACACAA